AUGCAGGCCAUGGAUGCAGAUUUCGACGUUGCGGCAAUGCGCAGUGGCAGCGUCGCUUCUGUCCACGACCAGACGUAUGGCACCGCACACGAGAAACGCCACGAGUCGCGGGCUUCUACAGAGCUCGGCUCAGACACGAGCCACCCGGAUGAGCCAACGAUGGAAGAGAUGAAGACGCUUCGCCGUAUCGGCGGGAGCAUAAACUGGCAGGUGAUGACGAUCACUUUCGUCGAGUUCUGCGAGCGCUUCUCCUACUACGGAACUACCGCGGUGUUCGUCAACUUCAUCCAACAGCCUCGACCUUAUGGAUCCCGGACCGGAGCCAUCAACCCAACCGCGGAGUGCAUUGCAGCUAUGGGAUCGAGGGAUGCUUGCGUUCAACCCGGCGGUCUCGGACAGGAUCAGAGGGCAUCGACAGGACUUGUUAUGUUCAACCAGUUUUGGGCGUAUUUGAUGCCCUUGCUGGGUGGCUACAUCGCCGACUCCUACCUUGGGCGUUUCAUGACUAUCCAAUUUUCCAUACUCGCCGCUAUCAUCGGCCACAUCAUCCUCAUCACCUCCUCUAUCCCUGCCGUCAUGGACAAUCCGAGCGGUGCGCUGGGCUGUUUCGCCGUCGGACUCGUCAUCAUGGGUGUGGGCACGGGUGGCUUCAAGUCCAACGUCUCGCCUCUCCUCGCGGAACAAAUCAAACAGAAGCGGCCGGAGAUCGUCGUACUCCCCUCUGGCGAGCGCGUUAUUCGAGAUCCCCAAGUUACCAUAUCGAGAGUCUACCUCUACUUCUACAUGAUGAUCAACCUGGGCUCACUCUCUGGCGGCAUCGGGAUGGUCUACGCGGAACGCUUCAUCGGCUUCUGGCUGGCUUACGCUCUGCCAACGUUCAUGUUCUUUCUUGCACCGCUCGUCCUUAUGGUCUGCAAGAAGUGGUACGUCCUGGCGCCGCCAACCGGAUCGGUUGCUUCCCGUGCUUUCGCGCUUCUCAGCCUCGCGAGCAAAGGAAAAUGGUCACCGAACCCCGUUCGUACCUACAAGAACUUCCGUCGAGAAGGGUUCUGGGAUGAUGUGAAGCCUUCUCAUCUUGGGUCCAGCAAACCAGCUUGGAUGAACGAGAUUGAUGAUGCAUGGGUGGACCAAGUCGCGCGUGGUUUCAACGCUUUGGCAUACAACCAAAUGACCAACAACCUCACCUCGCAAUCCGCCACCAUGACCCUCAACGGCGUCCCCAACGACCUGAUCAACAACCUCAACCCUAUCACCCUCGUCCUCUUCAUCCCCGUCAUGGACUUCGCCAUCUACCCUGCCCUCCGCAAAUUCCGCAUCAACUUCACCCCGCUCAAGCGUAUCACGGCAGGUUUCGGCAUUGCUUCGCUUGCUAUGGUGAGCAGUGCGGUCAUUCAAGCCUACAUCUACCGCACCUCGGACUGCCCGGACAGGUUCGUCAACGAGGGCGUGCAUAAUGAUGUCAGCUGUACUUCGCCACUUAACGUCUGGAUCCAAGCCGUGCCGUAUUGCUUGAUUGCAUUCUCGGAGAUCUUUGCGAGCAUUACUGGGCUGGAGUAUGCGUUUAGCAAAGCACCCGAGAACAUGCGCGGCCUAGUAAUGGGCGUAAACCUCCUGCAAACCGCCUUCUCCGCCGCGCUCGGCCAGGCACUGCUGCCUUUGGCGGAAGAUCCGCUGUUGACGUGGAACUACACCAUGGUAGCUAUCCUGGCGGCUUUGGGCGGAGUGGCGUUCUGGCUUACGUGGAGAAAUUACGAUAAGAGGGAGGAUGAGCUGAACAUGUUGCAGAAGACGGAAUAUUUGGGGCGGGAUGGGGUGAGGGAUGAUGAGAAGAUGUGA